AUGGCCAACGCGCUCAUCAUCCCCGUGCGCAUCAAGAACGCCAUGGUGCCCAUGGAGAAGCCCGACAGCCGGCGCCGGGAGACGCGCUUCGAGAAGGUGAACAAGGGCCUCGAGUUCGAGGACGCGCCCGAAGCCCGGGACCCGAACCCCGAGCCGACGGGCAAGCCGGCGAUGCGCACGACCAUCGCGCGGGGCUCGGGCGGCGCGCGGUUCCUCGUCAAGGUCGACGAGACCAAGGCCGCCGAGCGCCGGCGCACGAAGCUCGUCCGCGACGCGGACGGGAGCCGGCGCCUCGUCGACGACAGCGCCGCCGCGCGGAACGCGCGGCGCCUCGAGCGCGGCGACGCGGCCGACCGCGCGGGCGACGCCGUGCGCGAGCUCGGCGGCGCCUUCGCGCCGCCGCCGUCGCCGCCCGUCGAGGACCUGCGCGCGACGCGCGACUUCGCGGACCCGGCGCUCCGGUCGCAGCGCGACGGCAAGCGCCGCGAGUCGACGACGUUCAGCCACCGCUACGAGUCCGUCGACAUGAAGAAGGCCAUGCUCCACACCACCGAGGGCACGGUGCCCUUCGACAUCGCCGAGGUCAACGCGCCCGUGACCAUGGCCUACGACGCGCGGGACGUGCUGCCCGGUUGGAUCUCGCGCCACGUCGACUACGGCCGCGUCGACCAAAUUAUUAAGGAGGAGCGGCUCCGGGAGGCGCUCACGGCCCAGCCCAUCAUCCGCACGGACAAGCACAUCCAGCUCAUCGACCGCUUCCUCGUGCAGGUCUGGCCCACGGCGCAGCGCAUCGGCGAGGCGCGCGUGUCGCAGGUGUCGCGCGCGGCGCGGUUCCACAGCUGCAGCCGCGACGAGAAGAUCGUCGAGGAGGGCGAGCGGGGCCUCACGUUCUUCAUUCUAGUAUCGGGCACGGCCGAGGUCUUCAAGCACAGCUCGCCGGGCAAGCUCGCGACGCUCAAGGCGGGCUCGUCGUCGUUCGGCGAGGCGUCGCUCGGGCCCGGCGCGCCGCCGCGGAACGCGACGAUCGUCUGCUCGUCGGAUCUGGCGGAGCUUUUGGUGUUGCACAAGGCCGACUACGACCAGAUCAUGAAGGACUACCAGAAGUCGGAGCACCGCAAGGCCUUCAAGUGCAUGAAGCGCAUCCCGCUCUUCCGCCACUGGAGCCGGAGCCGCCUCGACCGGCUCUGCGACAUGCUCCAGUGGAACUACUUCAAGGCCGGCACCGUCGUCGUGCGCCAGGGCGACCUCCCGGACAACGUCUACUUCAUCCUCGACGGCCGCUGCGUCGUGUCCAAGGACGUCUUCGUGAAGCGGACGAACCGCUGGCCCAGCGGGAAGCGGUCCUGGGUCACGAAGAAGGUCACGGAGACCGUCAACGUGCGCCUCCUCGAGCUCGACUCCGGGUCCUACUUCGGGGAGAAGGGCAUCUUGGAGAACACGACGCGCGCCGCGACGGUCGCGGCCCUCGUCGACUCGACGAUCGUGAGCCUCGACAAGGUCGCGUUCCUCGAGCUGCUCCAGCGCGGCCACGCGACGUCGAAGGGCGCGAACAAGUACGCGGGCGCGAACAUGGGCUACCCGACGGAGGACGAGAUCAUCUCCGUGAUCUCGGCCAUCCAGGACCCGGCGGCGGCCGCCGCGCGCGCGAACCACGAGGAGGUCGACGUCCAGGCGCAGAUCGACAACGACACGAACCGGCGCGCGUCGAUGGCGACGAUGCUCGCGACGGGCAACCUCGGCGCGCGCGACAUGGUCCAGAUGGCCGACGACCUCGACGGCGAGGGCGAGCCCGCGGAGAAGAACGACGGCGACGAGUCGUCGGAGUGGUGGGACAGCGACGAGGACGACGAGGACGCGCAGGAGAAGCGGCGCGAGAUGGUGCUCACGGCGCGGUGGCGCGACGGCGACGGCGCGGCCGUCGACGCCGCGAAGCGCGACCUCGACCGGGCCCUGCGGGACAUGCGCGCGGCGGCGAGGGCGCGGGGCGUCGGCCUCCUCGACGAGAAGCGGGACGCGAAGAAGGCCGCGGAGCGGGACGCGGACGCCGCGCGGCGGGCCGCGCGGCGCGCGCGGCGCGCGCCGGCCGACGACGACGUCGGCUCCGUCGCCGCCUCCGUCGGCUCCCUGGCGCCGUCCAUCGGGUCCUACGGCUCCGCGGCCUCGUCCGCGUCCGCGUCGUCGACGCGGAGCCACGGCACGCUCUCGGGGCCGCCGCGCGGCGUCGGCGGCAAGAAGGAGCGCCGGCUGCCCCCCGUCAUCCGGCGCCACGUCCACCGGGCGAACCAGCGCGGCCACCACCGGGGGCUCGACGAGCACCUCCUCGACGUCAUCUGCGAGCACAACAUGGUCGAGUACAACCGGAAGCUCCUCGAGAAGGAGCGCGCCAAGGCCAAGCUCGCCAUCCUCAACGACCCGAACUACGUCCCGGACCGGGGCACGGGCCACGUCCUCCACCAGCCCGAGAUGCACUACACGCAGCAGCACCGCGACACGUCCCACGACGACCGGCUGCCGCGGAGCUGCGACGCGGUGCCGCUGCCCGACGCCUGGGCCGGCGCGUUCGAGCGCGCGCCGGACGCGGCGCUGCCGAGCUUUGCGCGGCGCCGCGGCCCCCUGCGGCCGCUCGGCGCGCGGUCGACGAACUGCUCCGCGCUCGCGAACCGGGAAACCGCGGACCUCGGGCCCUUCCGGCGCGCCGCGGCGCGGGCGCGCCGCGGCGAGGCGCUCCGCGUCGUCGUCCUCGGCGGCUCCAUGACCGCGGGCCACAUGAACGCCUCGACGCGCUCCCGGUGCGAGGCCGAGCCCGACUUCGCGGGCUUCGGCUACAACCUGGACAACCGCGCGUGCGCGUUCCCGCGGCGGUUUCGCGCGUGGCUUCGCGCCGCGUACCCCGGCGCGGCCCACGAGGUCGAGAACUGGGCCAUCGGCGGCUCGACGAGCGCGUCCGUCGUCGGUCGGCUCUCGUCCGCGCUCUCGGGUCGGCGCGUCGACGUCUUCUUCGUCAACUACGUCGACAACGACCAGGCGCGGCGCGACGCGGGCGCGGCGGGCUUCGAGAUCUUGCUCCGCCUCCUCCGCCUCGCGCGCGCGGCCGUCGUCGACCUCGAGCUCGCGCUGCCCGCGGGGGCCCUCGCCUACGCGCCGCACGCCGCGGCCUGCGACGCGCUCGCCGUGCCCGCGCUCUCGUGGGAGCUGUCCUGGCCGGGCGCGCGGCGCCCCGCGCGCUGGCCCGAGGUCGCCGUCCGGGGCCGCGUCAUUCCGGAGCGCCACCCGAAUUGGGCCUUCCACCAGCUCGUCGCCGACUGGCUCGCGCAGAACUGGCGCGCCCUCGCGGCGGACGACGACGCCGGCCCGGCGCCCGCGCGCGAGCCGGCGGGGACCUUCGCCGCCGCGGACGUCGUCUGCACGCGGCCGCGGAGCGCCUACGACGCCGCGGCGCUGCGCGCCGGGGGCGAGGCCGCCGGCGUCGCGCGCGACGGCUGGAGGGUUGCGGACGACGCGCCGGGCAAGCGCGGCUGGGCCGCGCGCGCCGCGGGCGCCGCGAUCACCUUCGCGGUGGAGGCGACGGCCGUCUACGGCGUCGCGUUCCUCGCGUCCUGGGACCCGACCAUGGGCCGCGUCGCCGCGGCCCUCGACGGCGGGCCGCCCGUCGUGCUGGACGCGCGGCGGCCGAACUCGACGGUGUCGUUGACCGAGUACCGGCGAAUCUGCUCCCCCGCCCACGACCACCCGGACUUCCCGCGCUGCGACGCGCGCGUGCCGUCGCCCUUCGUGCCGCCGCCGGGGCCCCGGCGGGAGGCGGCGCUCGAGCUCGCGGGCCUCGCGGCCGCGAACGUGAAGGACCGCUACGCGGCCGAGGACGAGCUCAAGCGCGCGCGCGCGCCGCCGGGGACGAAGUGGUGGGCCUGGCGGGACCCGGCGCUCGUGUGGCGCAACCUCACCUUCGUGCUGCUCGACCCCGGGACCCGCUUCGUGGCGAAGCGCGCGGAAGAGGCCGCGGAGUGCAAGCGGCUCAAGGACGAACACGACGAUUUCAAGAACUCCGACGCGGCGCCCGGGCCGCACCGCGACAAGAAACUCAAGAAGCUCUACGACGACUGGUACGACUACUACGCGGCGACCGACAACGGCAAGCGGCAGAUCAAGCGCGAAGAGCAGAACUCGCUGAGCAACAACCUCCACAAGAAGCUCGAGGCCGCGCGCGCCGACGACACGCUCCGGCCGACGACGAAGAAGCAGAAGGUCGACGACCUCGUGGCGCAGGCGGCCGCCGCGAAGGAGAAGACGCACGCGGCGGAGCAGAAAACCCGCGACGACGCCAAGCGCCAGAAAGUCAUCGACCUCCGCGCGGACGCGUGCGCGGUCGCCGCCGACGCGAGUUUGGCGCCGUGGAAGCGGCGCGACGAGGCCGCGCGGCUCGAGAAGCAGGCCGUCGCCGCGGAGGAGGACACGCCCGCGGCGCAGAAGCGGCGCUGGACGGAGGCGAGGACGGCGCGCACGCUCCUCGAGCUCGAGGAGUACCUCGAGGACGAGCUCUGCGGCGACGCGGACCCGGACCACGUCUUCCUGUUGGAGACGGCCAUCAACGGCCAGGAGGAGCUCAUGGCCAAGCGCGAGCGCUGGCAGGACCAGCGCGACGAGCGGCGGCGGGUCGAGUGCGCCGUCGAGCUCCUCAAGGACGAGCGCACGAAGAUCAUGGCGGGGGACGAGAUGAUCGGCGACCGCACGGACCCCUGGCACGUCGCGUCCUACGACCAGGGCAUCGCCGCGCUGGAGGAGUUUCUGAAGCCCUCGGCGCGGCCGGCGGCGGCUCAACGCGAACGCGAACGGCGCCGCGCCGCCACCGCGACGCACAAGGCGCUCGCGGAUGAGCUCGCGGUGCUCCUCGACGACGAGGACGCGGACGAGGACGACGUCGCGGACCUCACGGCGCGCGUCCAGGCCGCGGAGGAGGACACGCCCGCGGCGCAGCAGCGGCGCUGGCGCCGCGCCGCCACCGCGACGCACAAGGCGCUCGCGGAUGAGCUCGCGGUGCUCCUCGACGACGAGGACGCGGACGAGGACGACGUCGCGGACCUCACGGCGCGCGUCCAGGCCGCGGAGGAGGACACGCCCGCGGCGCAGCAGCGGCGCUGGCGCCGCGCCGCCACCGCGACGCACAAGGCGCUCGCGGAUGAGCUCGCGGUGCUCCUCGACGACGAGGACGCGGACGAGGACGACGUCGCGGACCUCACGGCGCGCGUCCAGGCCGCGGAGGAGGACACGCCCGCGGCGCAGCAGCGGCGCUGGCGCCGCGCCGCCACCGCGACGCACAAGGCGCUCGCGGAUGAGCUCGCGGUGCUCCUCGACGACGAGGACGCGGACGAGGACGACGUCGCGGACCUCACGGCGCGCGUCCAGGCCGCGUGGCUCAAGACCGGCGCGGGGUACUACGCCGCGCGCGCCUUGGCGGACCUCGAGGCGGAGAUCCGCGCCUCCGCCGGGACGCAGAAGGUGCCGCCGGGCGAGAUCCUGGAGCGCGCGCGCGCGAUCGCGCGCGCCGUCGUCGACUACUGCCUCCAGGAGAUCCGCGCCGGCCGCCGCGUGUACAUAGGGAACGCCCGGUACGCGCAGAUGCUCAAGGAGGCCAAGUGCGUGCCGCGGCGCAAGUGCUUCGCGGUCAAGGGCCCGCGCGGCGGCGCGCCGCCCUGGGACCGCUUCUUCUUCAAGAGCUUCGACCGCAUCGCGGAGACGGUCGUCGGGAACGUCGCCGAGAAGUACGCGAUGAACCUCCUCGCGAACCACGAGGACGUCGAGCUCGACGACUUCGCGUACGACCGCUUCGGCUCCGGCGGCGUCCACCACGACGAGGCGCUGGGCGACACGGGCCUCUACGUGCUCUCCCUGGAGCCGCGCGCGACGGACACGACGCGGCCGUCGCGCUACAUCCUGGGCCGCGAGGUCAAGUUCAGCGCCGAGUUCGAGGCGGAGCUCAAGGGGAAGCAGUCGCCCGCGGGCAUGCCGACGUCGGCGCGGAAGGGCGACCUCGACGUCUACAUGCAGGACUUCUCGGCCGAGGGGAGCCCGGUCUACCGCGUCUACACGCGCGGCACGUGGACCGUCUUCACGUACAAGCGGAAGCCCGACUCGCCCUUCAACGGCCUCCAGAAGUUCAAGUGGGGCUCGUCGGCCGUCGCGCGCGCCAAGGCCCAGGCGAAGAUCGACGAGAAGUCCGUCAAGGGCAACUACGUCGUCGUCGGCUCGGACAGCUGGGUCUAG